CUCUAUUGUAUACGGCAUCAUCUGUCACCUCUGUCAGUAUUUGUCUGAUAAAAUGUCGGCAAAAUAAAGGUCACUUUCGAGUUUUGUGUUAUUGUAAACGAAAACUGUUGUCGCAUUUUAGUUUUCUAUACUAAGAUAUUGUUUAAAAAAUGUCUGCGUUGCAAAAAAGUAUUAUGAAGAACAAAUUGCCGCCAAGAUGUCCUAGGACCUCUGGGGUGUCAAAGUUAGCGCCCUUUGGAGCUGGUCGCCGCAAGGACUACAGCCCAGUGUCAUGGAAGCAAUAUUUCGAGAAAUAUUUGGAUGUGGAGACUGAGGGUGGUAUAUUUAGGGUAUAUUUAUCUCCAGAACCUGACCAUCCAGAAAGGCCAAGGAUCAUCACAUUGCACGGUGGAGGAUAUUCCGGGCUGAGCUGGGCUUUGUUUUCAGAAGAAAUUACAAACAUGAUCCACUGUCAAGUGAUAUCCAUGGACAUAAGAGGUCACGGGGAGACUAAAGCUCAUAAUUGCGAUGAUCUCAGUGCUGAAACUUUGGUGAAAGAUGUAGAAGAGGUCCUACACAAGCUGUUUGGCGCGAUCCUCCCGCCGCUGAUACUGGUCGGACACUCCAUGGGAGGAGCGAUAGCUGUGAGGACUGCGCACUUGCCCUCUUUGGAGCAGAGCAUUCAAGGCAUCGCUGUUAUUGAUGUUGUAGAAGGCACAGCAAUGGAUGCUUUGGCCAGCAUGCAGAGUUUCCUCAGAGGUAGACCAACGCACUUCAAGAGCAUAGAACACGCCAUAGAGUGGUGUGUCAGGAGUGGUCAAGUGCGAAAUGUGGAUUCGGCAAAAGUAUCAAUGCCUAGUCAAAUAGUUAAUGUAGAAACAGGCCGUCUCGCCACCCAUGAGGUGGAGUCGUACACCGGCUUGGAGGCGGACGAGUUGUCCGGCCCGACCGAACACGGGACUCGACCCGACGCUAUCGCAGAGGACGCCGAGCUCACUUUCACCGAGCCCAUGCCGGUCGGAGACUCCGCUACCAUGAAAUAUAAAUGGCGCAUAGACUUGUCGAAGACAGAGCGCCACUGGUCCGGCUGGUUCAAGGGCCUUUCCGCUGCGUUCUUGAGUGUGAGGGCGCCGAGGUUACUCCUCUUAGCCUCUAUAGACGGACUGGACAGAGAACUCACCGUGGGACAGAUGCAAGGUAAAUUUCAAAUGCAAGUGUUGACCAGGUGUGGACACGCCGUGCACGAAGACACGCCGGGAGAGGUGGCCCGCGUGGUAGCAUCGUUCGCUCUCCGACAUCGGCUCACAUCGGUCACAGAGAACGGAGAACACAUGAGUCUCUCCUCAGGCCCUCCGGGAUGCUGAACCUUCACCCUUUGACUACCCUCACACAUGUUUUCAUUGCACUCGCCUGUCUUAGAGAUUGGCUGACGGUAACUGUAUAGCAGGACUCUAAACUAUUAAAGGCGUCUUUUACGUAUCUAAAUGAUUGUAUAUAGGGCGAUCAAAUACAAAACUAGACUGGUAAAGAAAUAACUGCAUGCGUUCAGUUAUACCUCUUAUAUGUUGACUGUCGGAUAUAAUAUAUUUGAACCUUUCGAAAUAGGCCUAAAAAGAAUUUUAUAGGUUCCCCAAAAGCCUCACUAAGAAUCUGUGCUGCUGUAUUUGAAAAAUAUAUGUUAAAUUGAUCGUCAUAAGUUUUAAAGUCGGUUAAGGGAUUGGAUAGAGCGACUCGAGAUGUAAAAUUGUAUUUAUAUUUGUACUAAUAGAGUGCAACUCAUUUGCUUUUUGAAUUGAGUGUUCUUUUUGAAGUCGGUUAGAAGGUAUUUCACAGAAUGUCUCGGGAUGAUAUAUAUGAGGUUGUACUAGGUACCACUAAAAUAAUAAUCGUACUGUACUAAUAGAAUAAAGCUCGCUCAGUUUCUUACUGCAGUAUCGCUAGUGAUUAGACCCAUAAGGGUUGCCAUCGGUUUUCUCCGUGGUAUAUUGGGGCUUAUUAUUGUUGUUUUAAGGUGUCUAUUUGACUAUACUAAGUCUUAAAUGACUAUCGACUAUCGAUCAAUCUCAGCCCUUUAAUUCUGGGACCAACAUAUAUCGAUAUAUUAGGAUUCUCAUCGUAUAAAAAGAUCUUAUAAAUAAUUAUGCCUUUUAAAUUCAAAUACUCGAUACAAAAUCGAUAGCUCAAAUCGAUAUUCGGUAUACCAGUUACGGUCAGCCUUAUCAUUAAGCAAUAAAAAUCGAUAUCUACUUCCAAAACUCAACUUACUUUUAAUAUUAUCGAUAAGUUCUUCAUAAGUAUACUUUGCAUAUUACGUUUUAAUAUAACUAUACAUUUUGUGUAUUUUGCACAUUCAAUAUUUAAGCAAAAACUUACUAUGAAGUUAUUUGGAAACAUUUGUUGCGCAUCAUGUUCACGCAUUAUCGACAUGAUUCGCAAUGUUGAGGCACAUGUUGCGAAACAAAUAUUGCCAAGUGGAUACAAGAUCCCACGCAGGGAAAACUGCAGUGUGUUGUAAAUAAGCUAUUUACUAACUUUUAAAGUUAAGAAAGUCGUAAAUUACUUUGUGGCAAACAGGACUUAUUUGCGUUUAGUAAUAUUCAUACACGUUUUAACCCAAGUGAUUCAAGCUCAAUUGUAACAAAUUCUAUAAAUAUCGAUUAGAAAGAAUCGAAUUGAUAAUCGAUUCGUAUAUUUACAUCUCGAUAUUGAACUCUAUGUGUUGUGUACUAUGUAUAUUCGGUGUUUAUUAUAGCAAAGCAUUAUUUGAUGUGGAUAGAUGCACUGAUCCUCAAUUUUCAAAGGCCUAGAUCCAGUACACAUGAAUGUGAUAUUAAUAAUACAACUGCCCCAAAAUAACUGAUACCCGACGCUGUAAUAUAGCCCUUAUUGUUUGCGUAUCAAGUAUUACUAUACUUAAUAUAUAAUUCGUUUUACUUACCAAUAUAGCAUGAUUACAAGAUAUUAAUAAGUUGGUAUACUUUAUGUUCGAAUGCCUCAGUCGCGUAGUUAUAAUGCGUACGCGGUAUGAGUACGACCAUCACACUGAGGUAAGGGGUUCGAAUUCUGCGUUGGGCCAAAAAUAAUGUGACUGGUUUUUAUAUUUUAUAAAUUAGUCAGUCGCAGUUCGGAGUCAGAGUUCGGAGAGAGUUGGCGGUGUAAUACCCUUGUGUCGCACCUGAUCUCUUUCCGGUCAUGGAUUACCGUCUCAACGGACUAUGAGAGUGAAAGAACAGAGGGUGCAUCUGUGCAUUGCGCACAUACUUGUGCACUAUAAUAUCUCCUGCGUAUAUCGCUGAUCUCUGUUUAAUUUUUUUUUUGAUUCAUACUUUUUUCACAAUGAGAUAUAAGAUGAUAAGUCUCAUAUUGGCUGUAAUGUAUUUCAAACGAACUCAGCAGUGCUUUCACAAUUUUUGACACAAAAAUAGACAAUGCACCUAAAAAGUGCUAGUACAUUAGGUUCGCUCAGUCAUGACCGGUUUGAAGUUUGUCACGAGUGAUAAAGCCUAGAUAAAGUUAUUAUUGAGGCUAGCUCAUGUAUGGUCCGGCUGUCAAAAAAUUAUUAACAAAAAUAGACCUUAUAUCAUGCUCAUUAAAGUCGUCUUCGUCGUCGCCUGCAAGCUCGACAGUUAGUGAAGUGAUGUGCUAGUAGGUCGCGACAGAUACAGAGACUGGGUGUUGCGACUAACUUCAGACCAUUCUUAUUCUUCUUUAGUAUAAAGUUAACAAUUGCUUGCAAUGUAAGAGUUAAUGUAAUACGAAUUAUGCAUACAAGGUCCCAUUUCUACUAUGUAAUAUACUGCCCUCUAGUAUUUUGUUAUACGUAAAUACACUAAACAAUUGUUUUUAUUAUAACGAAUAAUUGAUUUCUAGAAUAGUUUUGGAAUUUAUAUUUAUAACCAAACGUGGCGACUUAAACAUUGGUAAUGUUUGAGUGUUAUUUGUGAAUAAAAUAUGGUAGGUCAGUCAAAAGUAUGGGUCAGCCCGCUAUGUUUUUGCUUUGAAAAAAUUUAAGUGGAUUGUCGAUUAAAAAUGUGUAUUUAAGUUUUUUUGCUUUGUUCGCUUAGUUAUAGUUUUUUAAUACAAGUUUUAAUGUCCUUAAAGCAAAUAUUGAAAUACGUAUUACCAGAUCGGCUUGAAGGGCUAUCAAACUUGCUUUAGAAAAUAAAUUUAUUUUUAAUUACAAUUUUCGAGAAAUAAUUUUGUCAAUAAUUUUUAUCAGUAUCGUAGAACUUUUGUAUGAUCUCUUUGUCUUCCUUCAAUGAAUUUAUUGUUUUGUUUGGUCUAUAUAUCUAAAGAAUUACGCUUAGCUAGCGCCAGUUACUAACAUUGUGAGCUGUAAACAAAUAACCAAAAGAUGCCACAUAGCAAAGAUAAUAUAUUUAAAAAAAAUUACCAUAACAAAGUUAGCCCCACUGACAAACAGUUUCUGAUUGGUCCGCUAAAUAGAUACGUAAUGUGAUUGGUUAAGAAUAAGCGUUCCCGAAUUAAGACAGCCAAUGAGGGCGCUCGAUUUUAAUAAUUUUUCUAUUGACACUCACUAAAUAAGACUAGUAUAUAAAAGUUAGAUGUGGCAUUUUGUAUAUUUAUUUGUCUAUGGCAUAAAGUGAUAUUUCUCUAUGGAAAGAGGCUAAUCAUACUAAAUCUAUCUCGUAUUCUGGUCUCUGAUGUUUAGUUACCCUCCCUAACGCCUACUUUCGAACUUUUAAAACUAAAGCUGUCUCGCUGCUGGCAACUAUCUUUAGAUGGUCAAAAAGUAUAAUAUGCUUUGUUUAAACAAUUUUAUGUAAUAUUUAUAUUCGCCUAAGAAUAACUCAAUUAGCAGACGCUUUCAGAGUUGCGAAUUUUAUUUAAAAAGUAUAUAUGAUCACUAGCGCCAUCUAUGUUGCAAAUUCGAUUUUGGAACUUGUUAUAGCCGUUAAGAUACAAUUUAGAUACAAUCCACAUUUAUUCAAUUAUAAAUGAUAUCAGUACAAAUAAGUAUAAAAUUAACUUACAGCAAACAUUAACAAAGUUAUUUGCAAAAUACAUACUUAUGUAUUUGUAAUUCUAAGGUUGCCAUAAAUUAAUUUUCUAUUAUAAGGUCCAAAUCGAUUUGCAUACAGUCGCUAGUAGCUUUCAUACCAGUGCUAAGGUCACAAAAUAACAGCUUAUGAUUUGCAUGCAGUAACAUUUGUCCGUCCUUCUGAAAUUAGUUUAUUGUUAAUUUAUUUGCAAUAAUUUGCAACGAUGUUUUCUUUGUAUGGAAGUACAAAAUGUUUAGUGUUAAAUAAAAUCUAUUUAUGGCAAA